AUGGCGUCUUUCGCAAUUGGAUCACACCACCUGAACCCACUGCGCCAAUUCAAGAAACACUCGCUCCAUCCUCCAUCAUCUCCCGCUUCUCCGCGGCCUUCGUUUGGCUCUUCCUUCUGUAGAUUCCGAGGUUCAACUCGGUUCGGCAGUGGGUUGCUCGUCAGAGCAGAGGAUAAGGCUAGGGACUCAUCUUAUUCGUCGCCAAUUCAGCAGAGGACCCAACAACCAAAUAGUAUUAAACAGCUCCAGGAUGCCGCAGAAGAGUCUGGGAACUGUGAUCCUAUUUGUUCAGUUGAUGAAACGAGUUCACAAGAAUAUGAGACCAACUACCAGCCCAAGACAGACUUGCUGAAAGCUUUUGCAGUUGUGGGAACUGCUUUAACUGGAGCUGCAGCGAUUAACCAUUCAUGGGUGGCGGCUAAUCAGGAUCUUGCUAUGGCAUUGCUGUUUGGAAUAGGAUAUGCGGGUAUUAUCUUUGAAGAGUCCCUUGCCUUCAAUAAAAGUGGGGUGGGAUUAUUGAUGGCUGUGAGCUUGUGGACCGUUCGAAGUAUUGGAGCUCCUUCAGUUGAUAUUGCUGUCUCAGAGCUCCAGCAUGCAUCAGGAGAAGUUAGUGAAAUAGUGUUUUUCCUGCUUGGUGCUAUGACAAUUGUGGAGAUUGUUGAUGCUCAUCAAGGAUUUAAGCUAGUCACUGACAAUAUAACAACUCGAAAGCCCCGCUCUCUGCUUUGGGUGAUUGGCUUGGUGACAUUUUUCCUCAGUUCAAUUCUUGAUAACCUGACAUCAACAAUUGUCAUGGUUUCUUUACUGAGGAAACUUGUGCCCCCCUCAGAAUACCGGAAGCUUCUAGGAGCAGUCGUUGUGAUUGCAGCAAAUGCUGGAGGUGCUUGGACUCCCAUUGGUGAUGUUACCACCACUAUGCUAUGGAUCCAUGGUCAGAUUUCCACAUUGCCAACGAUAAAGGACUUGUUUAUACCUUCAGCAGUUUCUCUUGCUGUGCCCCUUGCCCUUAUGUCUCUGACCAGUGAAUUUAACGGGAAGGGACAGGAUGCCACAGAUGUCUUGGCAUCCGAACAGAUGGCUCCUCGAGGACAGCUCGUGUUCUCUAUCGGUGUUGGAGCUUUGAUCUUUGUUCCUGUGUUCAAGGCCCUAACUGGGCUGCCUCCUUACAUGGGAAUGCUUCUUGGGCUUGGAGUUCUCUGGAUUGUCACAGAUGCAAUUCAUUAUGGCGAAUCGGACCGCCAAAAGUUGAAAGUACCCCAAGCUUUAUCACGCAUUGACACUCAGGGGGCACUUUUCUUCCUUGGUAUCCUUCUCUCCGUUAGCAGUUUGGAGGCAGCCGGGCUUCUUCGCGUGCUAGCAAACUAUCUUGAUGCUCAUAUUCCAAACUUUGAGCUUGUGGCGAGUGCGGUGGGAGUCGUGUCAGCAAUCAUCGACAAUGUCCCCCUAGUUGCUGCAACAAUGGGAAUGUAUGACCUGACCUCUUUCCCCCAAGAUUCCGAGUUUUGGCAGUUGAUCGCUUACUGCGCUGGCACUGGUGGGUCCAUGCUGGUCAUUGGCUCGGCAGCCGGAGUUGCAUUCAUGGGAAUGGAGAAAGUUGACUUCUUCUGGUACAUGAAGAAAGUUAGUGGCUUUGCUUUUGCUGGUUAUGCUGCUGGAAUCGCUGCCUACUUGGCUGUUCACAACCUGAACCUUUCGCUACCCACGACGCUGGCCGAGGUCCCGUUCCUUUCGGGUUCAUGA